GCAAACCAACCUUACAGUAUAACCAGGUAAAAACCUCUGUACAAUGUCAGGUUUUGAACGAUGGGUUGGAAAAGUGGCUGUGAUUACUGGUGCUAGUUCUGGAAUUGGGGCUGACAUUGCCAAAACUUUAGUGAAAAAGGGCCUCAAAGUUGUUGGUCUGGCAAGAAGGAAGGAAAAGAUCGACGAACUGGCCCAAUCCCUCGGCAAAUGUCAGGGAAAGCUCUACUCCAUAAAAUGCGACGUGUCCAACGAAGAAGAGAUCAAGAAAGCCUUUAAAUGGACCACCGAGAACGUGGGACCCGUCCACAUUUUGAUCAACAACGCCGGCUUCACCAACGACAACAUCCUGAUCGACGGUGACUCGAGCAAGUGGACACACAUGUUCAACGUCAACGUCAUCGGUUUGCUCGUCGCUUCGAGGGAAGCCAUCAAGAUAAUGAUGGCCAACCACAUAUCCGGGCACAUCAUCAACAUGAACAGUGUGGCUGGCCACUGCGACAUCUUCAUGCCCAAAAUCAACGUCUACUCUGCGACCAAACAUGCCGUCACCAACUUGACGGAGACGCUGAGGAAGGAGAUCAACUUGAACAAGCUGAAAAUUAAAGUCACCAGUAUCAGUCCUGGAGCUGUUGCUACUGAGUUUAUGGCCGCCAGUGGUGUUGAUUUUGCUGAGGGAAGUGGUUCGUUUCCGUUUUUAAACGCUGAUGACAUUUCUGUUGUCUAUGCUCUUUCGACAAAGCCUCAUGUACAAAUUCAAGAGGUUAUGCUUCGUCCAAUUGGAGACCCAUUUUAAUACUUGAUAUGAAUAGUUUUGACGUACAUUAUUAUCUUCAUUAUGUGUUAGAAAUAAUAAAGUGUUAACAGUUGUUGGCUAAUAUAUAUUUAUACUUGUAAAA